CUUCUCUUCCUCACAAUCUCACCUACCUUAUUCCAUAAUCCAAACAAAUACAAUGUCCAUCAAUCAAUCAUUAGUUUCCUCCUAAACAUUCUCUUAACCAGCCCAACAAUGGCUGCCACACCUACCCUCUCUCUUUCAUCUCUUCAUCUCACCUAAUCACCUCCCAACACUCUCCUACUAUUUUCUCCCAAUAAGAGCAGGAUGGCCUUUUGGAGUUCUAUCGUUGACUCCCCAUCUCUCCUUGGCCUCCUGUCUCUCUUCCUCCUCCCCCUCCUAAACAACUCCACAACCACCACCAAUGGCUUCCGCCUUGGCAUUAUUCGAAAACCCACCUCCCCAAACCUUCCUGUCUUCCGUGAAGCCCCUGCAUACCGCAAUGCGGACUCCUGCAACAACACACAAAAAAUCCACAUCACAAUGACCCUCGACGCCAAUUACAUCCGGGGCACAAUGGCCGCGGUCCUCUCAAUCCUCCAACACUCAACCUGCCCGGAAAACAUGGAGUUCCACUUCCUCUGGUCCCGCUACGAACCCGAAGUCUUCUCCAUCAUCAAAUCCACCUUCCCUUACCUCAAUUUCAACGUCUACCGAUUCGAUUCCAACCGGGUUCGCGACAAAAUCUCAAAAUCAAUUCGUCAGGCACUUGAUCAACCACUAAAUUACGCCCGAAUCUACUUGGCCGACAUAAUCCCCACCCACGUAAAACGGGUCAUAUAUCUAGACUCCGAUCUAGUCGUCAUCGACGACAUUGAAAAACUCUGGGAAGUCAACUUGGAAGAUAAAGUGUUAGCAGCACCGGAAUACUGUCACGCGAAUUUCAUCGAAUACUUUACGAACAUAUUCUGGGCGGACAGAAAAUUGGCAGAAGCAUUCAACGGGAGGAACCCAUGUUACUUCAAUACCGGAGUCAUGAUAAUGAAUGUUGAGAAGUGGAGAGAAGGAGGGUAUACAGAGAAGGUAGAGAUAUGGAUGGGGGUACAGAAGCAGAAGAGAAUAUACCAUCUGGGUUCACUGCCACCAUUUUUGCUAGUUUUGGCUGGGAAUAUAAAGGGGGUGGAUCAUAGAUGGAACCAGCAUGGAUUGGGAGGAGAUAAUAUUGAAGGGAAAUGUAGGAAUUUGCAUCCUGGGCCUAUUAGUUUGCUUCAUUGGAGUGGAAAGGGAAAGCCUUGGUUAAGGCUUGAUUCAAGGAAGCCUUGCACCGUUGAUCAUCUUUGGGCUCCUUAUGAUCUCUACCGUUCAUCUAUACAUUCAUUUGAAGAAUAGAGAGAGAGAGAGAUGUGCAUGGGGGAGACAAAUCUAAGAGGA